GUAAAUGCGGCUGUAUUGGAACUUAGGGUUAAGUUACCUAAUUACUCUUAGUGUAUUCUCCAGUACAUCGGUGGAGCCGAAUUAAACAGCAUAAAACCGACACACAAUCAUUAAAAAUAACCGAGCUGAUUCUUAAUAAUACAGUAAACAAAACUGCGAUUUAAACGGCACAUUUCAGCAAAAACCCGCACAGUAAAACCCCGGCUCCGUGUAAACUGACUGAACAUGACAGCAACGGUCAACACCAGCUUCAAAUUCGCCUAGCUUAGCUUAGUUUAGCUUAGCGUAGCUUGUUUUAGCUUAGCUUAAUCUAGUUUAGCUUGCAUUCCCUUAGUGUAGCUUAGUUUAGUUUAGCGAAGCGUAUUUUAGCUCAUCUUAUCGUAGCAUAGUUUAGAUUAGCAUGUCUUAGUUUAGAUUAGCGUAUCCUAGUUUAGUUUAGCGUAGUUUCGUUUAAUUUAUCUUAGCUUAGCUUAUCUUAGCGUAGUUUAGCUUAGUUUAGCGUAGCUAGGUUUAGCUUAAUUUAUCUUAGUGUAGGUUAGUUUAGUUUAGCGUAGUUUAUCAUAUAUUAUUUGCAUUUAUUAUUGGCGUGUCUGGGAGCAUCCAGUGGAUUUAGCUAAUUUAGAAGAUAAAAAGCAAAUAAUCUGUAGAGUUUACAGCUUCCUGUGAUAACUGAAGAUUUGCAGAUGAAUAGCUUUGGAGGUCCAGAGUGCAGUUUUCAAGGAGACUUAAACAGAGGGUCUUUUGUUCCUGCGUCUUUAUUCCAUGUUGAAAUCCCAAACGAAGUCUUUUAUUCAGGCUCAGUUCACCACUACAGUGAAGGACCCCCACAUACCACAAAUCCAGACGAGCUCGGUUAUCCCAGACUGGAUAAUGAUUUGGGCAAGUCCAGAAUGUACUGUGACCCAUUGUCCCAGUGCCCCCUUGUUCCGUAUCCUGAUUACCUGCUAUGUCAAGCCGCACCAUAUCACUUUAUGAAUCCACCGGUGGGCCUCUGUAAAAACACGCUGUCCACUUGGACACCUGAAGAAGCUUUUCCUUAUUGGAUGACUUCGGCAGAGAUGCACGAAGGUGUUGCCAGCAUUACCUCAGAGGGAGCAGACGAGCACUGUAAACAGACCUGUUCCAGACAAGAGUCUGUCACUGAGCUUCUGGACAUGGGCCACAAUGUUGUGUGUAACGUAAAUGAUGGUGGACAGAUGAUGGUACUGAAUCACUGCAGCCCAAACCAGAUCAUCCAACCCAUGGUCCAGGACCAAAGUACACCAAAUCCUGACCCCCUUCUGUACACUGCAGAUCACUCACACUCCCCUGAGCGCUGUCUCACACAGGAAACAGCUGAUAGUCCACUACCGAAACAGGUGCAGAGGGGAUUCUCCUCUCCGAUGUAUUUGUCCUCCCUCACCAGCUCUAAUGUCCACCCAUCCUCCAAUUCGAAUUCUUCUACUCCCAGCUACAAUUUCACAUUAGGGACAUACAUCUCUCCGAGCUCCUGCACUGAACUUCCUAAACCAGGAGGGGUGGAGUCCAGUGAGACCCAAAGUGUGCGAGAAAGACUGAAGAAGCCUUGCAACUGCACUAGGUCACAGUGUUUGAAACUAUACUGUGACUGCUUUGCAAGUGGAGAAGUUUGCAGCAACUGUAACUGUACCAACUGCUGUAACAACAUGGAGCACAAGUCAGAGAGAUACAGAGCAAUGAAGAUUUGCUUAAAGAGGAACCCAAAGGCCUUUCAUCCAAAAACCGGAAUCAGAAAGGUUGGGGAUGUGAAAAGUCGUCACACAAAGGGGUGCAACUGCAAACGUUCGGGCUGCCUGAAGAACUACUGCGAGUGUUACGAGGCCAAGAUCAUGUGCUCCUCCACCUGUAAGUGCAUUGGCUGUCGCAAUUAUGAUGGAAGUCCGGUGAGAGAGCUCACUGGAAGGGAAACCCCCAACACCCCUGAGAACAGCUCCGGUCUGCACAAGUGUCCUCUCUCCUGCAUCACGCCUGAUGUUGUGGAAGCCACAUGCGGCUGCCUGCUGGCCCAGGCCGAGGAGGCCGAGCGGGAAAGGCACACGCAGCCUCACGCUGAGCGAAUGAUUUUAGAGGAGUUUGGCCAGUGCCUGACACAAAUUGUGCGUUCGAUGUUUAAAUCCACAGGAGUGCAGUGAAAGAAACAGCAUCUCCCACUGCUACCAUAGGACACAAAAAGUAGUGCUGUGACGUCAUAUCAGCAGAAUCUCAGCCACCUGUAACUUAACUGAAAGAUAGUGAUUGUACUGAUGCAGCUUAUUUAGUUGGUCUGCCGUCAUUUGAGAUUUUUGAAUUGAGUAAACCCACUGUUCUGUUUUCAUCUUUUUAUUUAACCUAUUUUUUCAGUUCAGUUACUAAAACAGCACAUUUUUAUUUAGGUGUAUUUAGUUAGACUUUAAUGUUUUUUUCACAUAAAUACAAUGUAUUG